GACGGCGACGGCGACGGCGACGAAUCGAUUCGUUUCCGACGAAGUGAGAAGAAAGAGUAGGACGGGUAGGGAAAGGAUAGAAAAAUUAGAGGAACAAAGGCACACGGCCCAUUGUGGGUCACGGCGCGGCGGGCCCCCUCGUGGGCCGUGUAACAAAAGACAGUCGAGAGAGAUGUAAAUAAUUCUAAGGGAGGCUCGAUGCGACAAAUGCGGCGAAUGCGCUGAAUGCGUUGAAUGCGUUGAAUGCGACGUGGGUAACGUCAUGCGCUCUGAAAACAACCGCAACCCUGUGUCAUGGGACGGCGAGAGGAGGGAACGGAGGGCAGGAAGACGGGGGUGGUAGGGUGAAGAUGAAGGGUGCGCAGCCGCGGGCGUGCGCAAACAGUUCGGCCGAAACCGAAACCGAAACCGGAGGAUUCGCGACGGAAGAGAAACGCGAAAGCACGCACGCUCCUGACCUAUUGCCGAAAAGGAGGGAGUCGCGGUGUAUCGAAGUUGUGCAGUGUUGCUUACCACGUAGGAGGCACAACACUCGCCGUCUCUGCAAUAAUAAGAUCCUAAUAUUUUUACCAACUUUUCGUUUCGCGUUCCGGUGAUUUGCAUCCUUUUUUUUCCACCUUCGAUAUAAUUCGUUGAUUCGACGAAGCUCGUCCGAUAUCGGUGGAAACGGUGAAUCGCGUAGAUCGACCAUGCGAAAGGAAGGUGUUUCGCUAGCAAGAGGCGACAGCUAUUCAAAGUCGGAAGAAAAAUUGUUAAGAUAGUCCGCGUCGAAUGCUUUUAUACGAUCGAGCACGUCGGUUGAUGCUGGAACUGGCGCGGUAUCCGGGCUUGCAGUUGCGACUGAAAAUCAGAUCGAGGAAGUCGAAGCCAAGAUCGAGAGCUAAACCGAAAUCGAAAAGGUUUCGAUCAAAGUUGGAAACGGAAACGGAAGUGGAAGCAACGCGUUACCAUCGACGCCAAACGCUGCGAUCCGAAUCGAUGAAAUUAAUCGAAUUGAUGGAAUCGAUGGAAACGAUGGAAACGAUCGGAAUCAUAGAAAUCAUGGAAGUUACGGAAGCAACGUCGUUGUUAAUCUAGCUAGCUGUUGAAUUUCCUUCCUGUAAGCUAGUGAAUCGGCGUGAAUGGUGCUUCUCGUAAACUCAGUCGGUUAGUGGUUGAUUAGUGGUGAAAAUCGAGUCGGUGAUCGUCUUUCCGUAUCCCUCGAGUAGCAAUCGUAGAGCACAUAUCGAAAUUCAUAUCGACCACCGUUCGUCUCUAUCUAUCGUAACGAGUGGCAUGUACUUUCUCGAAAGAUUAUUACCUCUUACGGUUUUUCAUUAGCACCUCGAUCGCAACCUCGAUUAUGCUACAAGAUCUAGCGGAAUAACCGUACAGGAACAACCAUGUUUACGUUCUUUACUGUGGUGCCUAAAUAAAACAUAAUAAGAGCAAAGAGAAACUAGUGCCUAUAAUAUAAAACGUACGCGCAAUAAAUAUAGGAAAAUUUGAAAAAGUAUCGGCUGACCGAAAUUUAACGUUCUCUCUUUAUCUUUGUCUCUCCUUCUUUCUGUGUUUCCUUUCGAUCGUAGUUAAAUAUCUACGAAACGUGUGAAUGCGAGCAGUUCGUUGACGAAUUAUGAGAGGCGAUUGUGAGAAGCGACGAUCGACAAAGUUCCCCAUUUUCUUCGAGGACGAAUCAGAGUCGUCUCGUAUUUGAUAGAUCGAUCGGAUCCUUGCUGUGCGCUGCGCUGCGCUCGCUCGCGUCUCUCCACGAUUCUUCUGCCUUCUCAAAGACGUUUCAAAUCAUCAUCGUUCGACGAUGUCUCGUUUAAUGUUGUGCAAUCUUGGUACCACGUCCACGGCAGGAAACGAUACGAAUAACAAUGCGAAUACGAACAGUAGUAUGGAGGAUGACGACUAUUAUCCGCUGCCCACUAUUUAUCGCUGCCGUGCACCCAUAGCGAGUCUGGAUUGCAUGGAAGAGUUCAACGGCGGUAGCGGUGGCGUUGUCGGUGGCGUCGGUGGCGGUGGUGGCGUCGGCGGUGGCGUCGUCGGUGGCGGCGGUGGUGUCGACGGCGGUGUACACUGCAGCAAUACCGCUGGAACGAAGGAACAGCUACUGACUAACUGCAUUGCCGCACAAGCGCAACGCUUACAGCAUCCUUCGCCAGGUAUUCGCUACCGCAACUUGGGCAAAAGCGGUCUACGUGUUUCCAAUGUUGGAUUAGGUACGUGGACGACUUUUGGCAUAGGAGGAUGCGGUAACGAAGAAGCUGCCGAAGCUGUGGUCGCGCUUGCCUACGAUAGUGGGAUAAAUGUGUUCGACUUGAGCGAAGCCCACAGCGGUCACAGAGCAGAGAUUCAAUUCGGACGAAUUUUGUUGCGACGAGCUUGGAAUCGCUCCAGUUACGUCGUUACCACCAAGAUAUACUGGAAUACCAAGGCGGAGGGUCGUGGAUUGUCACGAAAACACAUUAUCGAAUCGGUCCAAGCAUCUUUGGUCAGAUUACAAUUAUCCUACAUCGACAUCGUAAUGAUUCAUAAAGUUGAUCCUAUGUGUCCGAUGGAAGAGAUAGUACGCGCUAUGAAUUAUGUGAUAAGCAAGGGAUGGGUUAUGUACUGGGGAACGUCUCGUUGGACACCGGUGGAGAUCAUGGAAGCUUACACGAAUUGUCGUCAAUUCAAUUGCGUCACACCGAUCGUGGAACAAGCCGAGUAUCAUCUGUUUUAUAGAGAAAAACCAGAACUUUAUAUGCCGGAAUUGUACAACAAGAUUGGGGUUGGACUGAUGGCGUGGUCCACGGUCACCAUUGGAAUGGUUUCCGCGAAACCGGAAGACUAUGGAGUUUCUUUUUUAUCGAGAUCUUCCUAUAAGAAUAAGUAUUCGUCGUUCAGUUGGACAGAGGACGAAACGCAAUCUUUGUACAAAGAGCAGGAAUACGGCUGGAAAGAGAAGUCUGGCGACGAGGAGACACGGAAAUAUUCCGACAAAUUACGGGACGUGUGUGCACUGGCCGAACGACUCGGUUGCUCGUUCGGCCAGUUGGCCAUCGCGUGGUCCUUAAAGAAUGAAAGUGUUCAGUGCCUUCUUCUCGGUGCAUCAAACAUAGACCAACUGUACGAGAGUCUUCAGAGUUUACAGCUUAUUCCAAAAUUGAAUGCCAACAUAAUGAGCGAAAUCGAAAGGAUUCUGGACAACAAACCAGCCCGACCUCCUAUGAUCUCAACCCUGGCGCUUAGAUGACAAUCAAUUUGCCCCCACGGAAGCGGUGGGGGCUCUCUGGAGGAUGGAGCCAGCCCGAAAAGCGAGGCUGCGAACAGUCAGGAUCAAGAACAGACCAAGGAGCUGACUGGGAAACUACCAUUUUGCGAGAUACAAUGAAACUGCAUUCACACGUUUCCAUACGUCUAUAUGCAUAUUUUCAUGUUGCUCUGAAUCGAACUGGAUGAAAAAAACAACAAACAGCCGAUCCGUUCGAUAUACGUACUUGUACUAUAAAGCAAAUCGAUCCGAGCCAAGUCGGGUCAAGCCCGAAAGAAACUUUCGAAAAUCCACGCGAUCGACUUGCGUGUCGCGCCACGCCGCGAAUACACCACUUAUAUUCGCAUUAAUCAAUCGACAAUACUUACGGUUACGUUAACGGUUACAAUUGCGAUUACGACUCGCGACGAUUUUCACAUACGACUUACGAGACUCCGUGACUUUCGACUUACACAACACGUUUACGAUUUCGACUUACGACUUACGAUUUAUAAUUACCAUUACGAUCACGAUAAAUACUUAUUAAUAACGGUUAUUAGUAGAUUAAUUCCGCAUACGAUUAUCAGUUUCUACAAUAAUACAGUCAUGAAAUUUGUUCGCGAUCUCAGUGAUACGAACGGAAAAGAGAUUUGAAAGCGAUUCGGGAAUUGCCACGUUAAUUAUUAUUAUUAUCGUUGCAAAAUGAUACGACGAAUCGAGAUUUUCUAUGAAUCCAAAAAGCCGAAUAUUUAUCCACGAAUUCACUGUACAAAGUGUUCAUUGACGGUAGAUAGAAGAUAUCGUAGCAUCUUUAUUACAAUUCUGUAAAGCGCGAGUACUAUUGCAAAUAAUUUUUUCAGCUUUGAAAAAUUCAUUCGCACCGUUUGAUUGUCCGUUCGAUCGAUGAACGGCACACAAUUGCACAUUACACUGGCAUACAUAUCGCGUGAAUGAAGUACAUUGCUUAAGACGGGCAUAAAACGGAUUCGAAUCGAUGAGAGAAACCGUUCAACAUCGAGGAUCGUUACGGGAGUGUAAUUUUGCCGCGCAAACACUUACAUACACCCGUACUUGUUAACAAAUUGAAUUCGAGUAUCGCGCGAUUGCUCGUUUCCCGUUGUACAGAGAGCAUAUUUCUUCGGCCCUUUCCUCGUUAAUGCAAAGGAGCGUUGUCUAAGAUGGAUAGCUAACCGAUUAGCCGAUUGGCUGAUUCGACGUGGUGAAAUAGCUGGUUAGCUAACCGGACAGCUAGCUAUGUUAGACAGGUAAAAAGUACGUAGGCGGAUAGACGCGUAAAUAGGUAGAUGUACGUAGUUGCGGUAAAUAGUUAGACGAUUAUGUACAUAUAUAGAUAGAUGAAAAGUACCGAGAGCACGAACGGGGUAGGAUCACGCGGAACAAAGGAUUCCGCUUUUCACUUUCCACUUUCCACGCAUUUCGUACGAAUCGGAUGGAUCCGUAACUCGAGCGAAAAGCUGUCUCGACACUAUCAAGUCGACUCUUUGAAUCCAAACCGUCCGUACAGCGUGGCGUGUAACGCCGCGUGAAAUCGAUCGAUGAAAACCGCACCGUUGCUGAAAAAAAUUCGAUUUUUCGAUAACAGCAACCAAGCGAAGACACAGGAUGGUCGGAGAGAGAUGCGAAACAAGAGAAAGAGGGAAGAUACUUUCGAUCAAGAAGAAAGUUACAGACAGCCAUCGCAUAUUAACUUGUAACAAAAUAAGUAAGACGAGGAGGGAUCAUUGAUUCUUCAACGACCCUGAUUACAAUACUAAUUCUUGCCAUCCCCUGAACGUUUGGCAUUUUUUUAAAUCGAUUUCAAUAGCCAAUCGAUCAACUAUCAUCAACAGCAAAUGCCGUCACUCGUCACCAAGUGCCGAUCGCGUUACCUACGUCGAUUAAGCUAAUUGCUCGAAAAUUUUUUCUGAUGUUAAUAAUCGAUGGUAUUGUACGAAAAACGCAAAUUUUUAUCGAAGUAACAUUAAUUCGAUAAGUACCGUAUUUACCGUGACACUCGAACGAGCGAACGAACGGCUAGCAAAGCUUUACGAUCGAACCGAUUACAAGAUAUGUAGAUAUAUUCAACUGCCACACACGGUCAAGCGUUUCGUCCUUUCGUCCUUUCUGUUUCAGACCAGCUGGUGCAAAGUUAUCUUUAACGGUAUACGAAAUGUCUCGACUCGUGUUUUAUUUCACGCGCAAACACUUCACGCAAGAUGAUAAUGAUAAUUGUAAGUGCUUUCAAGACAACAGCGAAAUCUCAACUUUGUAAAACGAUCGAGUCGAUGGAGGAGCAGUUCGGAGAAUCGAGAAAAUCGAAAAGUCUCGCGAUACUGUUAAAGAAUUUUAAUCGUUCGGUAAAUAAAGAAAGUUAGAGCUCGUGUAUUACGUAGAGCGAAAUGGAAAAGAGUUGAAGGAGAAAUGCUGUCCGGGGCGCGACGUUAUCUCGUCAGGAUCGAAGAUAGAGAGAGUGUAAUCGAACUACUCGAGAAUGAUUCGUGAUUUUAUUUUUAAAAAAAAGGAGUCGAAUCUAAAAAUCUUGAACGGCGAGAUAGGACCUUUUUUUCAUUUCCGGCCACUGUAAAUUUCGUCAAGCCAAUUAUCGGCUAUCUUAUCUAACGAUUGAACUUGUACGCAUUAGCCAUUGUCGCUUACACGACCAAUCGUUAUCGUACAAGCACGUUUACGUGAAAAUAUCUAAAAGAAUGGUGUUAAUCGCGAUACGAUCGAUCGAGCCGGCCUCAGUCGAGUUUCGAUCUGACCUUCGCGCGUCCAAUUGACUUAAUCGGCCAUUGUGUCGCAAACGAUAAGUGAUUAGCUUAAGCACCGCGCAAACGAGAACAUAAUUCAAGUAAAUUUCAAACUCUAAUAUACCCAUCUUAAGAAAUUUCAUCCACUGUGAAUCGUGAUACGCGAACGAACGUAUUUACAAUUAACAACUUUACAAUUUACAAUUUGCAAUUUACCUACCAUUUACAAUUUACAGCGGUCAGGUAUACGGGCAAACGCGAUCACUCGUCAACGACACGUAAUUACACGUACCUACCUCGCUUCCACGUUACACGAUACCAGCUAAUCAGAUUUGACAGAAAUAAAAGUAUUUAAUACAAGUA